UCCCAUGCUGAGCUGUCGUGUUUCUGAGGCUGUCCAGCGCCUGGGGACAAUAGGACGAGUCCAGGAGCUAAGCCCAUCUCAAACACGUCGGAGUGGCUUUCUUUGGGGGCCAGGGUCUGAGCCUGAAGCGGGGCUCCAUGAAGACUCUGGGGCGUCCGCUGUUAGAUGAGGGGCGCGAUCCUUUCUGCGGGGCUGACUCUAGGCGCGGUCAGCUGUCCUGAGGAUCGGGAGUCAUCUUGUCCAGCCCUAAUACGUCUCUGACUACAUCUCCCAGAGGACUCCUCGGUAUGACUGUGCUUCUCGCGGGAUUCAGCCUCCAAGUCACGCGCUGGCGGGACCCCCAGGACUUCACCAACAACUACCCUAGUGCCACGGAGGUUUCUGCUGCUUCGGGAGCUCGUUAGGCCUAAGCUCUACCCUUUUCUAAAAGAAGAGCCAAGAGAAGAUCCUUUUCUACAAAUAUCAAAGCCAUGGCUCAGGAGUCAGUGAUAUUCAGUGAUGUGUCCAUAGACUUCUCUCAGGAGGAGUGGGAAUGCCUGAAUGAUGAUCAGAGAGAUUUAUACAGAGAUGUGAUGCUGGAGAAUUACAGCAACCUGGUUUCAAUGGGGCAUUCUAUUUCUAAACCAAAUGUGAUCUCCUACUUGGAGCAAGGGAAGGAGCCCUGGUUAGUUGACAGAGAGCUAACAAGAAGCCAGUGGCCAGUCCUGGAAUCAAGAUGUGAGACCAAGAAAUUAUUUCUGAAGAAAGAAAUUUAUGAAAUAGAAUCAACCCACUGGCAAAUAAUGGAAAAACUCACAAGACGUGAUUUUCAGUGCUCUAGGUUCAGAGAUGAUUGGGAAUGUAAUAUCCAGUUUGAGAAACAACUUGGCUCUCAGGAGGGACAUUUCAAUCAAUUGAUAUUCACUCAUGAAGAUCUGCCCACUUUGAGGAAGCAUCGAUCCUUUACAUUACAGCAAAUCAUUAAUAGUAAAGAGAAAUUCUGUGCAUCUAAAGAAUACAGAAAAACCUUUAGACAUGGUUCACAGUUUGCUACACAUGAGAUAAUUCAUGCCAUUGAGAAGCCCUAUGAAUGUAAGGAAUGUGGAAAGUCCUUUAGACAUCCCUCAAGACUUGCUCAUCAUCAGAAAAUUCAUACUGGCAAGAAACCCUUUGAAUGUAAGGAAUGUGGAAAAACCUUUAUUUGUGGUUCAGACCUUACUCGACAUCAUAGAAUUCACACUGGUGAGAAACCCUAUGAAUGUAAGGAAUGUGGUAAGGCCUUUAGUAGUGGUUCAAACUUCACUCGACAUCAGAGAAUUCACACAGGUGAGAAGCCUUAUGAAUGUAAAGAAUGCGGGAAGGCCUUUAGUAGUGGUUCAAAUUUUACUCAACAUCAGAGAAUUCAUACUGGGGAGAAACCCUAUGAAUGUAAGGAAUGUGGCAAUGCCUUCAGUCAGAGCUCACAACUUAUUAAACAUCAAAGAAUCCAUACAGGUGAGAAACCCUAUGAAUGUAAGGAAUGUGAGAAGGCUUUUCGUUCUGGCUCAGACCUUACUAGACAUCAGAGAAUUCAUACUGGGGAGAAACCCUAUGAAUGUAAGAUAUGUGGGAAGGCCUAUUCUCAGAGUUCACAGCUUAUUAGUCAUCAUAGAAUUCAUACUAGUGAGAAACCCUAUGAAUACAGGGAAUGUGGAAAGAACUUUAAUUAUGGUCCACAACUUAUUCAGCAUCAAAAUUUGUACUGGUGAUAAACCAGAAUAUAUGAAAUGUAAAGGGAGGCUUUUAAUUAUGGCUCAAAAUAGAAUUUAUCUGGUUAAUAAUUCCUCUAGGCUUGGUAGAGUGGCUCACAUCUGUAAUCCCAGCACUUUGGGAGGCCAA